AUGUGGCGUCUCGCGGGACCAAUAGAAAACGAGGAUAACAUUACACAUUACUCCCCUUGUUCCUACUACUGCUACUGCUACUUCCUCUACUACUGCUGCUACUUCCUCUACUACUACCGCUACUUCCUCUACUACUGCCGCUACUUCCUCUACUACUGCUGCUACUUCCUCUACUACUACCGCUACUUCCUCUACUACUGCUGCUACUUCCUCUACUACUACCGCUACUUCCUCUACUACUACCACUACUUCCUCUACUACUACUGCUACUUCCUCUACUACUACCGCUACUUCCUCUACUACUGCCGCUACUUCCUCUACUACUACCACUACUGCUACAAGAUCAGAAAGAACAACAAGAGGGUGAUAUAUUUACACGGAGAGGAGCAGAACUUAAGCCAGGGGGUAAUGAAGGUGGGGUCGGACUAUCGUGGCUCAGCCAAGCGUCGCAAUGCUCCGGCACAGAUUCACUGUUGGCAUUCCUACAACUCUCACGGUGGAGGCUGA